GCAUGCGUCAAAUAGUUUAGCUUUCUUCGCAACCAGAAGCAGUUUGAUUGUAUAUAUCUCAAAAUAUACAGGCACCAUGUCUUACAGAGACUUGAGAAAUUUCACGGAGAUGAUGAGGGCCUUGGGAUAUCCAAGACUAAUCUCCAUGGAAAAUUUUAGAAACCCCAACUUUCCUUUAGUUGCAGAAGUAAUGCGAUGGCUUGUCAAAAGAUAUGACCCGAAUGCUGACAUUCAUUGUGACAUCGACACAGACCAAGACAGAGUCAUUUUUAUAAAAACUGUGGCAGAAUUCAUGCACACAAAAGCCCAUAUCAAGAUGAACACAAAGAAGUUAUACCAGUCUGAUGGGUAUGCUGUUAAGGAGAUGCUGAAGGUUACCUCCAUGUUGUACAAUGCCAUGAAGACCAACUCAUCCAGCCAGUCAGAGACUGACAAUGAAGACGACUCAUCACAUCUUUCAUUUGAUAUCUCAUCAAAGAUUAAUGAUUUAAAAGAAGCAAGAAGACUGGCAUCAGAAAUAACCACCAAAGGAGCAACUUUAUAUGAUCUUUUAGGCAAAGAAGUGGACCUAAGGGAGCAAAGAUCCAUUGUGAUAGCAAAGUCACUGGAAAUCAAUGAAGUUGAGGGUGGAAUCACUGGUUCAAUCAAAGGAGUUGAGAAUGAAAUAAAGAAAUACCUUAUGCAGUUGGACAAUGUGGCAUCAGAUGAAGCUAAUUUAGAAGCUAAAAUAGAGAAAAAGAAAAAUGAACUUGAGAGAAAUAACAAGCGAUUACAAACUUUACAAAGUGUCAGACCAGCCUAUAUGGAUGAGUAUGAGAAGCUAGAGGAAGACCUUCAGAAGUUGUAUGAAGUGUACAUGGAGAAAUUCAGGAACCUGACCUACCUAGAAGCCCAGCAGGAAGAGUAUAACCGGGCAGAGCAAGAUAAGUUUGAGGAGACAGAGGAAAAAUUGAAACAGAUGGCAGAUCGCUUGAAGAGUGAAGAACACAACCGCCAGAAGAUCAUGCCUGAUGACAUCGAUCUUUCUCGUAAUUCUGACGAUGAUUUGGACGAGUCUGAUGAUGAGGAUGAGGUGCAACAGCCAACCAGGCAGCGACCUGACGCAGCAGCUGGGGAAAGGAAGCAGAGAGUGAUGGGAUCAAUGCUUGCUGAUGCUAGUGACGAUGAUUCUGAAAUAGACCUUGAUGAUGAUGAUGAGGAUGAUGAUGAUGACGACGACGACGAUGAUGAUGACAAUGACAAUGUGAAUGAAGACGAUGAGAUUGAUGACAAUGACUUUUAAAGCAAAUCUGUGAUAUAAAAUGAGACCUGUUUAUUUAUUGAAAGACUGUAACUAUAUGUUUAAUAGGAAAAUUAUGGUUGUCAAAACUGUAGUUGUGAGAUUAAAAAAAGUAUCAGAAAUA